AUGAACAGACGCAUUGCUGCAUACAUGUUUUUGAGAGUUAUUAAGCCACAGGGAGUUUGCUUGCUGCUUCAGCUGCUGUUACUGCUUCAGCUAUCAGUGCUUACUUCUCCUGCUGCUGCUGGGAAGCUUGGACACAUGUGCAUGUUGAAUCGAAACUGCGACGCCGGGCUGCAUUGCGAGGCAUGCAUCGCCAGCGGCGACGGAUUGUUCAGGUGCACGCGAAUUCAGCCCUCCGAUCCCAAAUCGAAGGAGACCGGUUUGCCGUUUAAUAGGUACUCGUGGUUGACGACUCACAACUCGUUCGCGAAACUCUGUCCAGAAUCGCGCACCGGAAUACCCGUGAUCACCCUGGAGAACCAGCAGGACUCCAUUACUGAUCAACUCAACAAUGGCGUAAGGGGGUUGAUGUUGGACAUGUACGACUUCCUGGAUGACAUCUGGUUGUGCCACUCCUUCGGUGGCAAAUGCCACGACAUCACUGCCUUCCAACCGGCGAUCGAUGUGCUCAAGGAAAUCCAGGUUUUCCUUGAAGCAAACCCUUCGGAGGUCGUCACGAUAAUUAUCGAGGACUACGUCACGUCCCCCAUGGGCCUCACCAAAGUCUUCAACGCUUCCGGACUGUUCAAAUACUGGUUCCCGGUCUCAAGAAUGCCCAAGAAUGGCGGGGACUGGCCGCUGCUCAGCGACAUGAUCAGCCGAAACCAGCGCCUGCUGGUGUUCACCUCCAAGUCCGCCAAAGAAGCAUCCGAGGGCAUCGCCUACGAGUGGAAGUACAUCGUGGAGAAUCAAUAUGGAGACGGAGGCAUGGAGGCAGGCGCGUGCCCGAACCGAGGGGAGUCGUCGCCCAUGAACACCACGUCGAGGUCGCUGGUGCUGAUGAACUACUUCCCCACCAUUCCAAACCCUGUGACGGCCUGCAAGCACAACUCCGCCCCGCUUCUGAGCAUGCUGAACACCUGCCAUAACCUGUCGGCGAAUCGCUGGCCCAACUUUAUAGCCGUCGACUUCUACAAGAGAAGUAAUGGAGGUGGAGCACCGGAAGCCACGGACGUAGCCAACGGGCACUUGGUUUGUGGAUGCGACAACAUUGCCUACUGCAAGGUAAAUGCCUCGUUUGGGGUCUGUGAAGUUCCACCUCCGCCGGCGCCGACGGCCGACUCUUCCGGCUCGUCGAUGGCUUUGCUUCUUGCACAUCAACUCCGAUACUUGUGGUUGGCAGUGAUCAUCUCGAUCUCCGUCAGCAUUAGAUAGUCUGGUUUUGGAUGUGUGUGGAUUCGAAGGCAUUGUG